CUUCUUCUUCAUUUUGAAGAAAAAAAAUGGAAACUCUUCCUCUUCUGCAAAAGUGCACAGUGGACACAUUUUCAGCCAUUGUAACCAGAACUCACACUUUUAUUCACUCAAUAGCAAUACUCUUCAUGCUCUACUACAGACUAAUAAUCAAUCUCAACGAAAUUCCAAUCUCAUUUUUACCUUACUGGUUCCUAAUCUUCGUUUCCGAGCUAAUUCUCUCCUUCCUUAGGACACUCGACUCAGCUCAUAUAUUCUCUCCAGUUACCCGCUACGUCUACCCGGAAAACUUGCCGCCGGACGAUGAACUACCGGCAAUCGACGUUUUUGUAUGUACGGCGGAUCCGAUAAAGGAACCGGCGUUGGGAGUUAUGAACACUGUUUUAUCAGCGAUGGCGAUUGAUUAUCCGCCGGAGAAGGUAACAGUGUACCUUUCCGACGAUGGGGGUUCGGUUACGACGCUAUGUGCGGUUCGUGAAGUGUGGAGAUUUGGAGAAGUGUGGAUUCCGUUUUGCAGGGAAUUUGGAGUGAAGAGGAUUUGCCCUGAAACUUUUUUUCAAGCAGCUGAUGAUGAGAUUAAUGGCGGCAAAGAUUAUUUGCUAGAAAGAGAGAACAUUCAGAAAGAGUACGAGGAGUUCAAGGAGCGGUUGAAGAAAGCUCAAGAAAAUGGAGGGACAAAGGAUACUGGAGUCCAGUUUGGCCCAAAUCGUGAUACUGUAAUUGAGAUAAUAGGCCAGAGAGGUUGUGGAGCCAAAAAUAAAGGCAAAGCUAAAUUACCAUCUCUUGUUUAUGUUUCAAGGGAGAAAAAUACUUCUCAUCCCCAUCAUUUCAAAGCUGGAGCCCUCAAUGUUCUUCUUAGAGUUUCUGGAAUCAUAAGCAACUCACCAUACAUAUUAAUGUUGGAUUGUGAUAUGCGCUCCAAUGAUCCAUCUUCAGCUAGACAAGCAAUGUGCUUUCACCUUGAUCCCAAAAUCUCUCCCUCACUUGCAUUUGUUCAGUUCCCUCAAAGAUUUCGCAACAUUAGCAAGAAUGAUAUUUAUGAUUCUGCCAUGAGAAAUUGUUUUGUGGUCAGGUGGCCAGGGAUGGACGGGCUUAUAGGACCUAUGCUAUCUGGUACAUGCUUCUAUAUGAAGAGGAAAGCUCUAUACGGGACUGCUAUACACAAAGACAUGGAUCUUAGUGAGCUGAAGAAGUAUUUUGGAUCCUCAAAUGAAUUCCUAAAUACUUUUAUUACAUGCAUUAAUGAUAAGCAAUAUGACACUGGCAUCAAGGAAUUUGCUGACAAUGAGUGGAUCCAAGAAGCAAGAUUUUUAGCCUCUUGCACCUAUGAGGAGGAGUCACAAUGGGGAGAAGAGAUAGGAUUCCUGUACCAUUCAGUGGUGGAAGACUACUUCACAGGUUUCAUUAUGCAUUGCAAAGGCUGGAAAUCUGUGCUUUGUAACCCUUCAAGGCCAGCAUUUUUAGGCAGUAGUACAACAAAUUUGAAUGACACGUUAGUUCAAGGAACAAGAUGGAAUUCUGGACUAGUUGAAGUUCUUUUCUCAAGAUUUUGUCCCCUCAUCUAUGGCUUGAAAUCAAGAAUGCCUUUUCUUGAAUGCAUGUGUUAUGCUUACCUUGCUUCUCAGCCUCUCUAUUGCUUCCCAGUUUGGUUUUUAGCCAUCGUUCCUCAGCUUUGUCUUCUAAAUGGCAUUCCCAUUUACCCUAAGGUCUCAAGUCCAUGGUUCUUUGUAUAUUCUUUUCUUUUCUUGUCAUCACUUUCAAAAUACUUGUGGGAUGUUGUGAACACUGGAGGGACAAUGAGAACAUGGUGGAAUGAAUGGAGGGUAUGGAUGAUAAAAUCAAUAACAGCUUAUUUCUAUGGAACUUUGGAUGCAAUCAUGAAGUUAUAUGGCUUUAGAAAAGCAAGUUUUUUGCCCACAAAUAAAGUUGUUGAUGAUGAACAACUGAAGAGAUACCAAAUGGGAAUAUACAAUUUUCAAGCAUCUAAAAUACUAAUUGUCCCUUUGGUUACAUUAGUCAUAUUGAAUAUGAUUUCCUUCACUUGGGGAGUUAUUGGAAAAGUGAUUCUAGAAGGGAGAUUGAGUGAUUUGUUUGGUCAAGUGUUCCUCUCAUUUUUCAUCUUGAUGGUGAAUUAUCCUAUAAUUGAAGGGAUGUUAUUGAGGAGAGACAAGGGAAGCAUUCCAAUCUUUGUGACUCUAUUGUCUAUUUUGCUUUCUUUUUGUCUUUUGUUCAUUGGUUCUAUUUUUGUAAGGUAAGAUGAUAUACUUAGCUUAAGAUAGACAAUAAGAAUUAUUGAUCUCUAUUUUCCACUUCUGAUGUUGUCUAGUUUCGCACUUGUGGGAUUUCAUUGGUGUUAGUUUAUCUCUUUCAAGUAGUAAUGCUUAUUUUC